UCACAUGUCCAAGAGGCGCAUCAUGCUGCGUAUAUUUGUUCAAUGUUGUCUGUUGGUGUUUUGUAUUCUACGCCACUCAGAUGCAGGGGAUAGUGUGCAGCUUCAAGAGCUUUCUAAACGUCUGAGUUUUUUGGAAAAUUCAGAAAUCGAGCACAGGAAUGUGAAUACAGAACUAAAGACAACUAUAGACCAGCUGCAGGCAACUGUCGAAAACUGGAAAACCAAAGCCAAUGAGCUGGAAUCACGUCUUCACCAUAAAGAUAAAAGGUUUGUAGCCGCACCUGAGGCACCGGUUGCUUUCCACGCUGUGAUGGAUGCGUCCGUCGACCACCUGGGCCAUAAUCAGAACAUUGUGUUUGAAACUGUUCUUUUGAACCUCGGAAAUGCUUACCACAAUGCUCACGGUGUGUUUCAGGCGCCACAAAGUGGAGUUUACGUAUUUUCGGGCACCAUUAUGAGUUGGAUCGAUCCUAAACCUGAAAUUCAGGCCGAGCUGGUGAAAAACGGUCAGGUUCUAGCGAGAAUUUUCGGCCACGGCGACAGUGGCCGGCACGACCAAGGGGGAGUUACUGUGACAACUCAGUUAGUCACCGGUGAUGAAGUGUGGAUACGCGAAUUGACGCCAAAUGACGACGCAGUCUAUGGGGGAAGAUUUUCUUCUUUCACUGGUUUUCUGUUGUAUGAUAUGUAGAAUUGUGAUUAAAUCUGAAAUCCGUUCUGAAAGUGA